AUGUCUUCCUCAAACAAAAUUGCUUACCAUGCUCGCUCUAUCAGUUUGCCCACCAGAUCUAACCCACUCGCUGCUGCAGUUGAGACACAAUUGUGCAAACUGAGAUCUUCAGAUCUCACCUCAUCCAUCUCCAACAACUUGGUUGGUCUAACGGACUUGUACGAAUGUGUUGAGGAUUUCCUUUCCACCGAAGAUGAAAAAUGCUUAGAUGCAGUCUUGGACAGAUCUGUCAUGUUGUUAGAUGUUUGUGCAACUAUUAAGGAUGUUUUGUCUAUGAUGAAGCAAACUGCCCAGGAUCUUCAAUCAUCUAUUCGAAGGCGAUCCAAUGAAUUUGAUGCAUACAUGAUCUCAAGAAAGAAAGUCUGCAAAAUUAUCCAAAAAUGCCUUUCAGAUCUUCAGAAAAACACCAACAAGAACAAUGAUGCUGUCGCCGAUAUCCUAACAGAAGUUGAAGCAACAACUCUUGCAGUUUUUGAAUCUGUCUUGUCUUUCCUAUCUGCACCAAAGCAAAGGUCACUAGUCUCAAAGUUGACCAACAAAAGUGCAACCCAACAAGUUGUCAAUGAAGUAACCAAGGUAGAUGUCGCAUUGAAAUCCAAAGUCAUUGAAGCAAAAGAAGUCCAGAAGGCAUUGGCUGCCCUUGAGAUGAGCCUUCAAGAUCUUGAAGAUGGAUUAGAAUCUGUCUUUAGGUGUCUGAUCAAGAACCGAUUUUCACUUCUUAACAUUCUUAACCAAUAG